AUACUGGUAUCAAUCUUGAUAAGGAGAGCGAUCAACAAACAACCGAUCAGCGCCAAAACGUUUGCAACGAUCGAAUACUGAAUAAAAAAUUCCUAACUUGGGAACUUGCAGAAAAAUGGUACAUUGAUUAUGCAAGAAAUGUCGGGUUCGAUGUACGACGGUGCUGUUGCAAGACUUCAAAGGAUGGCAUAGUGAAGAACAGGCAAUGGGAGUGUUCAAACGCAGGUUACAGACGGAUAAUUUCAGAAGGGCACCAAAGAAUUAAACGGGGAAAACCAAACAAUAGAUGUGGUUGCCCUGCUAAAUUUCGUGUUGCACGUGACAUCCGUGACGGAUUGUACAGGGUAACAAAUUUUGACCAAUCACACAAUCAUCCACUGGAGAGUUCCGAAACAGCACAUCGUCUGAAGUGUAACAG